AUGACAGUUUACGAUCUACGUCCUCCCUCUCUCCUCCAGGUCCCUGAGAUCAUCAGUACGCUGCGUCAGGCUGGGAAGAGCUCGGCGCGCAACGAUGACCUGGCAGCGCCCAAACCCGCCGCCUCUUCCUCAGAAGACUGUACUCCGUCCGCGUCGUCCGCCUUCGGCGCUGCCACCAUGUUCGCCAAGAGGUUUGAGGUUCUGUUCUGCGGAAGAGUGACCGUCGCUCACAAGAAAGCCCCGCCCGCUUUGAUUGACGAGUGCAUCGAGAAAUUCAGCCAAUCGGUAGGGGCCGGGGGCGAUCCUAAACCCGAUAGCGGCGGUGGAUUGGUGGACGGGCUGCGGAGAGCUCUGGCCUUACCGACGCUAACGCGAAAUGGAGGAACGGGGGAUGGAGAGGUCAGGGGAGGAGGAUACGGUGCCUCUAGUGGUGGGAGGCCGGUGGUGUUCAAACCAGACCCCAGUUUCCCCUGCCUCCGGGCCCUGGAUGAGAACGGACUGUCACCUGAACCACACACACACACCGCUGGGGUCCAGCCCACCAGUCUACAGGAGAACAGGACCAUGCUGUUCAUGGUGGGUCGGUCUCAGGUCUUCCUGGUCAGUCCAGACACUAAGACGGUUGCCAUAGAGAAGAGCUUCAGAGAAAUAUCUUUCUGCUCACAGGGUAUUCAUCAUGUGGAUCACUUUGGGUUCAUCUGUAGAGAGACAGUAGAAGGAGGGAGCUGUACGUUCGUCUGCUAUGUCUUCCAGUGUACUGAUGAAUCCCUGGUGGAUGAGAUCAUGUUGACUUUAAAGCAGGCGUUCUCUGUGGCCGCCCUGCAGCAGAGUGUAAGGACCAGGAGCCAGCAGUGUGACAGUUGCCCCAUGCAGCAGCUGCACAGGCUGUGUGAGAGGAUAGAAGGUCUCCUCCCGUCUAAAGCCAAGCUGGAGUUUCAGAAACAUCUGGCCACACUGGACAACCAGGAACAAGCUGCAGUGUUCGAGAGCACUGUGAGGGCCAGUCCUAAGAGUGACCAGGAGGAGAAUGAGCUGGUGAUGGGGUCUUUGAGGAGUCUGUACGAACAGAAACAGAGGAGUCAUCAACACACAGAUCACAGACCGGUACCAGAGGCUCCAGCCCCAGUAGAGGUCCAGUCCAGUAGCAGACAGAGAUUAGAGCAGUUUAAAACCAGAGCUAAACGCUCCCUCACAGAGUCACUGGAGGGCAUCUGGAAGGGAAGUAGCAAAGCCAGGGCUCAGAGAGAGAACAGUGAAGGAAACAUCAGUUCAUCUGACUCUACACUGAACUCUACUGAACAGUACCCCUCCCUAGAAGACCCCCUCCCUUCCUCCAAUCCUCUGCGCUCUCACAACUCUACAGGGGACCUGAAACAUCUGGACACCUCUCCUCUCUCCGUCUCUCCUUCCUUCUCAUCCCUGUCUCUGUCCUCCCGGGACGCACGGUCCCAGCCGCAUGGCUUCAGGCGGAGAGCCAGCACCUUCAGCCACUCCCCUUCCUACCACGAUCACGCCCCUUCCUACCCUCCACACCCCUCGUAUACACACACACCCCAGGUACCCAGCGGCUCCACCAAGCCCAAACUGGUCCGGCACUACUCUGUCAGCACCGACACUCCGCACCAGAGCAAUCCUCUGGGAGGUCUGCGCGCUCGUCUCCGCUCCUCCUCCUCUGUUCCCAACUUCCUCAAACUCCUCGCUCCUGUCCACGAGAGCCACCCCUGUGACUUAGACAAGAGGAGUGAUGUAGCAGCCCUGUCCAGUCCGGUAGCAGUGUGUGUGGUAGGAGACAGUCCUCUACGGAGACACUCCUGGAGACAACAGAUCUUCCUACGUGUCGCUACCCCUCAGAAAAACACUGACAGCAAUGACAGGGGUGACUGCUCCUUGGACGGCAGGGGCGUGUCUGUGUGCGGGGUUGGAGACGGAUCACUGGGCGUGGUUCCGGAGGAGAGGAAGAAACGUGGCCGAGCAGAACUGAGACAGCUGUGGAGGAAGGCCAUCCUGCAACAGACACUACUGCUGAGGAUGGAGAGAGAGAACAACAAGAUACAGGCGUCGGAGAGUAAGCGUCAGCGUCUGGACUAUGAAGAGAUAACUCCCUGUCUGAAGGACGUCACGCUGGUCUGGGAGAGCAUGCUGGGAACACAGGCCAGGUCGAAGGUCAAGUUCAACACUGACACUGUCCACUCUGCUGUGGAACAGGGAGUUCCGAGACAGUACAGAGGAGAGGUGUGGAAGUUCCUGUCAGAGCAGUUUGUAUUGAGACAACCGGUUCCUGUCAGAUCUCCAUCUGACAACAGGCCUUAUAAAGAACUGCUGAAACAACUGACCUCCCAACAGCACGCCAUCCUCAUAGACCUGGGACCUUUCCGACACCAUCCUUAUUUCCAGGCUCAGUUGGGGUCUGGUCAGCUGUCUCUCUAUAAUCUCCUGAAGGCCUACUCUCUACUGGACCCAGAGGUGGGAUACUGUCAGGGUCUCAGCUUCGUAGCAGGAGUGUUGUUGUUGCACAUGGGAGAGGAGGAGGCCUUCAACAUGCUCCAGUUCCUCAUGUAUCAUAUGGGGCUUCGCAAGCAGUACAGACCUGACAUGAUGAUACUACAGAUUCAGAUGUACCAGCUGUCCCGUCUCCUCCAUGACUACCACAGAGACCUGUACGUCCAUCUGGAACAGCAUGAGAUAGGACCGUCUCUCUACGCUGCUCCCUGGUUCCUCACGGCCUUCGCCUCGCACUUCCCUCUGGGCUUCGUAGCCAGGGUGUUUGACAUGUUGUUUCUCCAGGGUUCGGAGGUGAUCUUCAAGGUGUCGCUAAGUCUUCUGGGUAGUCACAAGCCCUUGAUCCUACAGCACGACAGUCUGGAGUCUAUAGUGGACUUCAUCAAGACUACAUUACCUAACCUGGGACUAGUCCAGAUGGAGAAGACCAUCAACCAGGUGUGUGAGAUGGACCUGUCCAAUCAGCUGCAGGCAUACGAGGUGGAGUACCACGUCUUACAGGACGAGCUGUGUGACACGCCCGCUCACCUCAACCAAUCACAGCGCACCGCCCAGCUGGAACGCACCAAUCAGAGCCUCCGACAGCAAAACCUCGACCUGCUGGAGGAACUGCAGGUGUCCCAGGCUCGUGUGUGUCGUCUGGAAGGCCAGGUGGAGGGGCUGGCCCAAUCAGAGGCUCUGCUGAGAGAACGGGUGUUCGACCUGGAGGAGGAGAGGAACGGACUGCGGAACGCCGUCACACACCUACACACACUCCUCACCGCGCUGGGAAUACACACACACACAACGCACGGGGACUUCAACCUGGACCCUCACACACACUCCGCUGCCGACACAGAUGGACAGAGAGAUGGACAGGGUGUGGACGUCCCCACCAGAGAGGGGCCCAGACUGGGGCAAGCGAUGUCCUCCCCUCUCCUCCCUCAUCCACUGGCUCUACCAGAACAUUGAAUCCUGAGGACUGUUCUCCUGUACUAAACUGGAGAAAUGGGGGGGGUUCUCUGUCCUCUCUGGGCCGAUACUCCACACAACAGUCCAAUAUACACAGUUACUAUUGCAGCCAGAUGUGUGUGUCUCUCUGCCUGCCUGUGUCUCUC